AUGGUCAACGAAACCGAACCAGCUGAAACAGCAGCUUCCAAUGGCAGCAACAGUCGCGAAGAAGAAGAAGAAGAACAAGGACUUCUGCAAGACGUUCAAAAGGAACUUACACAAUUGAACAUUGAUGACACGACCUGCUCGUUGUCAACGAUUGCAAACGGCGCCUUUUGUGAUCCUCGAUACUUGGUACAGGUUUUCUUGGAAGAAGCGUGUACGGAAAUUGGAGAUGGAGCUUUUGAAGGCUGCGCUGGCCUGCAAACGGUGGAGAUGGCUUCUACUAUACGACAAAUUGGAAAGAAGUGUUUUUCCAAGUGUUCUUCUCUGGACAACAUUAGUCUUCCACCUGGGCUGAAAGCGAUUCCAAAAAACACCUUUUCGGAAUGCGAAUCCCUUGUCUCUAUAGAUGUGCCUUUGGGAGUUGUGGAAAUUGGAAAGAAUUGCUUUCAUCGAUGUGUAUCAUUGGCGAAUGUUUCAUUUGUUGCUAACGACGACUCAUCAUCAUUAUCUCAAUUGCAAACGAUUGGUGGCGGUGCCUUCAAGUGCUGCUUGGCAUUAAGGUGUAUUCAUCUGCCUUCCACUGUGCGAUCGAUUGGAAAGUCUGCCUUUCUCUCUUGUGUAUCAUUGAAAGACGUACAACUACCCCAUCAUGGCUUACAAGUCAUUCAGGAUCACACCUUUUUCUUUUGCGAAGCACUCGAAAAGAUAUCACUACCAAUGACAGUUUACAAGUUGGGAACCGGUGCCUUUCAAGACUGCAAAUCCUUGCUCCAUGUUACCAAUGCACAAGGACUGCAACACAUGGGCGAACGCGCGUUCAAGAAUUGUACCAAACUUGGAAGCGUGUCCACUUCAUUGAGUGGUUUGGUAUCAAUUGGUUACAGUGCGCUCUCUGAUUGCCACCGGAUAGUCCAGAUUGAUCUUCAAGAUGGCCUUACAGAGAUACCGGCAAGAUGCUUUGCCAAUUGCGAACGAUUGCGGUACGUGUCCAUUCCCAACACACUCGAUACGAUUGGAACGCAAGCCUUUUCUUGGUGCACGGCUUUGCUCGGGAUCAGACUUCCCCCUACCAAGGUAUUCAUUGGCAAUGCAGCCUUUGUAGGAUGUGAGUCUCUGAUGUCAAUUUCGAUUUCCUCUUGUUCCAUGUCCAGUCUGCCAUUGGAUAUUAGUGCUACCUUGUUUUCGAAGUGCAAGAAUCUUCUAUCGUUUACUCGUGGAUAUGACUUAAGGAAGGUUCUAUGCGACCGAUAUGCGGACCUGCCUGUCCAUCAAGCUUGCUAUGAUUCAUGGCAUACUACUGUGGAUGAUCUGACUGCUGCUAUUACUGCUCCUUCAUCAGAAAGGCCCACCGAUUUUUUUGCAAUGACUCCCUUUCAUAUUUUGGUGACUUGUGCCAAGCUACGACCGGAUCUCUUGCAAGUUCUCUUGGAUUAUUAUCCAGCAGAGGUAGUAUGGAUGAAAGAUAUUUCUCGACAAGACAUUUUGGGCUACAUUUUCAGGAACAUGAAAUCAUUAUCACCAGACGCAAACAUUUUUGUCGAAAUGGUACUGGAGAAAACAGUUUUGGAUGUUAUGCAUGGAUAUGGUCUAACAAGUUGGAGGUCUGAUAUAUGCUCUCAAUUAGAUUCCAUUAUUCGAAGCCAAGGGAGGGACCGAUGGCUUCCAGAUUUGCUUGACGGCGUCAUUGGAUCUUUGGCAAGAUACAAAAAGCUGGAGAUGACCUCCGUUUUGGACUUGGCACUAUGGAAAUGGAGUCUCGAUUCGUUCUUGCAAAUGGACCGAGCCGAAUGUUGGUCAUUGAAUAGAGCCGAACUUGUCAUCCCAAGUGUCGUCAGCUUCCUUUGGGAUGAGUCAACCCUUCCUACAUCCAUCAUUGGUGAACGAUCCAAUCGGCUUGUUGGAUUUGUAGGGAAAAGUGUCAUUGAACGAUAA